AUGUCUAAUGCAAUGGCCAGUGAUUCUUCCCGUCGUCGCCGUAUAGGCAGACCCUACGGCAGUAAGGAUUCAUAUGCGCCACGCAUCAAGAGAGGACUGAAAUCUACAUCUGACCCCAAGCCUCUAUCGGAUGAAGAGAUCAGGAUGAAGCUUGACAAGAAAGCCACUCCUCCAGACCCUCGCAUGACCUUCGCAAGAGGCAUCGAGAUCCUCACGACGCAGUGGUCAUGGAAGUGGACAUCUAAAGCGUUCGAGCCUGAGAGGUGA